GUAUACUUUGUGUAGUCAUGGCAGACGACUACAGGCGACACGAUUUUGAGUUGGAGAGGAGAAUAUUUGAGAUAGACAACAAAUGCUCAUGUCUCCGGGCUGAAAAGCAAGAUGAUGACUAUUUGCAGAAUGCGUCUGCAAUACUAGAGAAGUUGAAAGGCUUUUACAGACAUGGAGGAGAAAGCUUGAACUUUUCCAAGCUGCUUCAGGAUUACACACAGGUGAUUCUUGACAUCACCUUUUAUGAAGAGAAUCAAUUGGUAGAUCAGGAAUUCCCCGAAGACUCCUCACCAUUUAAGAUACAGCAGCUGCUGCAGGACCUGACUGAGCCAGAGGUGUUGGUGGCACGGCUGGCACCAGGACAGGAGGUGCAGUGCGUGUUGGGCACAGAGCUGUUGGAAUGUCUCUACUGGAGACGUGGAGCUCUGCUGUACAUGUACUGCCACACCCUUCAUCAGCGAAAGCAGUGGAUCAAGAAGAACAAGGACACAUUCAUUAAGUGUAUUCAAGAAGGUGUUCGGUAUUUGAUGCGGAUGCUGCAAGUUAGAAACACAGUGAAGCUCAGUGAUGGGGUGGUGCUUCAUGACAGUGGAGCAAGCAUUUUAUCUGAGGGUAUUUUUUCAGACACCCACCUGCUGACAAUGAUGUACAUUGGGGAAAUGUGUUUCUGGGCCGUCAAGUAUGAGGACUGCAGCGCUGACUCUACAGACCACAAAGAAGACGGCCUCCAGUUUCGGGACAUCGGUACACAGAUUCUGAACAAAUAUGUGAAUGCCUGCGAGGGACCUCUGCAGGGCCAGGGCUGGAAUACAGAAAAUGCCAAGGAAAUCCUUAGUAUUUUACAGUGAAAUAAACUGCUCAUGUGUAAAAGUUACCAUCAGGCGGAGAUCUGAGUUCAGUGUUCAAAUGUGUCAAACCCAAAUAAAUAUGGAACUCCACAAAAGAGGUGCAGUGUUGUAGAAGGUGUAAAAGCAGGACACCCUGUAUGUGUAUGUGAUGAAAAGGUGUCUUUGGGUUAUCUUAGUCCAGAAGAACUCGGGCAGAGCAUGUGAGAGUUUAGAACGUUGGAGGAAAACAAAGACGAAAAGACAGGAAGCUUAAUUGUUUUGUUUUUUGUUUGUUUUUUUCUGCUUAUUGCGCAGAUCUCAUCUUGAAUAGUGCUUGGAGCAGUUGUUUGCUCUAAAGAUGUUAUAAUAACUUUAUUAUUGAUAUUCAGAGGGUGUUAUUUAAAUAAGAUGGCCGUCUCUACUUUUUACAAUUGUUUCAGAUUUGAAAAUAAUCCAGCUGGAUGUGUGACAUUGCACAUAACAUCUUAUUUAUUGUUUUGUUGCCAUUUUUAAUGUGUUUCAGAUGUGAUAGAGUUGUGGCUAACGUGUGUAUAAAAUAUACACAUUGUAAGUAAAGCAAGAUGUUUCAGAAAUUUUGACCAAUUUUAAGUAUGUUUAAGUGUGUAGAUGCCAUUUUUCUAAUGUGUUGCCUGUUCUCCCAUGUAUCAUAAUAUUCAUUUCCUACCACUCCACUUGGAUAACGUUGACAGUGUAACCAUUAAUACAGAGCCUGUUAUUUGAAGAAAAAAAAUCUGUUUUUUUAUGUCCUUGUUGACAAUAAAGAUAUGAUUUGUUUUCAGAA